AUGGGAAACAGGGUCGGAAAAUUGACCCUCUGCUGCGCCGGCGACGCCGGCGAAAUUUCCCGGCGGAUGAACGCCGCCGCCGUACCCCCUUCUGACCCCCCCGACGAGGGCUUCGGCCACUCUUUCUGCUACAUCCCGCCGGAGCUUCCCCACAGAACCCACUCCCCCGACGCCGGCCCGCCGCCGUUCCGCACGAUCUCCGGCGCGUCCAUCUCCGCCAACCCCUCCACCGCCCUAUCCACCACCACCUCCGCCGCCCUCGCCUGCUCUUCCGCCGCGGACAAAGCCUCCGCCUUCGAGAGCUCCAACUUCUUCUCCUCUAUCCCCCUGCAACCGAUCCCUCGUAGCUCCGCCGCCUCCACCGUAAUCCGCUCCGGCCCGAUCCCACGGAACCCUGGCCCUAACUCCGGCCCAAUGGAGCGCGGCUUCAUGUCAGGCCCAAUCGAGAGGAGCUUCAUCUCCGGCCCACUCGAUUACCACCCCGAACGGUACCGGCCCAAAUCCAAAAAAACGGCUCUGCUCCAAACCCUGAAAAAAAUAGUGUCCAAAUCUUUCCGGUCGUCCUCGAAAAAACCGGAAAAUAACGGCAAUAAUAAUAACAGCGCCGCUGUUAAUUUCAGCUCCAGCAACGGUAGCGCCAAUAGUAGCAGAGUCACAAGCAACAAUCUGAGUAGCGACAUGAGUUUUGAUGAUGUCAUUAACGCGUCGUUCGGAAGCCCGAAAAACGUUCAAUGGGCCCAAGGAAAAGCCGGCGAAGAUCGAGUCCAUAUAACGGUCUCACAAGAGCACGAUUGGAUCUUCGUAGGGAUCUAUGACGGGUUUAACGGGCCCGAUGCCACCGAUUUUCUCUUGAACAAUCUCUAUUCGAAUGUUCGUAAAGAGGUUAAUGGGCUUUUGUGGUGCGACGAAAAGAAGGAAUCUUUCGAGGUUUCGAGAAGUUUGGAUAGUAAGGAAAGAGUCGAGCUUGAUAGGAAAUUACGGGAGAAGUUGAGUAGUUAUGAAGGCAACGGCAUUAUUACGACCACCGUGAAUCAUUUGGGAAUUUUGAAGGCGUUAUUGGAGGCUUUGAAGAAAACCGAGGCUUCGUAUUUGGAGAUAACCGAUAUGAUGUUGAUCGAAAAUCCCGAGCUAGCUUUGAUGGGUUCGUGUGUUCUUGCAAUGGUGAUGAAAGGUGACGAUGUUUAUUUGAUGAAUGUUGGGGAUAGUCGAGCGGUUUUGGCUCGGAAAAAGGAUGAGAAUGAGAACGAAAACGAAUCUCAUUUUGGGAAAAAAUCGGCGAAAGAUUAUGAAGAAUCUUUGUACGGUUAUGAGUAUGACGAUGUUCGUCAUUUGAGUGCUCGACAGCUCACGAUGGAUCAUAGCACAUCAGUUAAGGAGGAAGUAAGAAGGAUUAAAAACGAGCAUUCAGACGAUCCAUUUGCGAUUUUCAAUGAUCGAGUUAAAGGUUCGUUGAAAGUCACUCGAGCAUUUGGAGCCGGUUUGGAUUUUCACGAAUUGCUCGACAUCCCACAAGGGGACCGGAGGAGGUACCAUGACGAUGUCUCGAUUAUCAUAAUUUCGUUCGAAGGAAGGAUUUGGCGUUCGGCCGUGUAG